CGGCGCAGAGGAAGCAGUAAGAUUGCAAAAAGCAGAAGAAGACGGAAAUAAACAUGGAACAGGAGAAAAGUAUGGCGGUUCAAGAAUUCCUCAGUAAAGCAGAGUUGCUAAAACAGGGAGCAGAAGCUCGGGUGUACCGGGCAGAGUUCCUGGGAAAGCCGACUAUUGUGAAAGAAAGGUUCCCGAAACGUUACAGACACUCGUUGCUGGACGAAAAACUGACACACCGCAGGACUGUGCAGGAGGUCCGCUCCAUACUGCGCUGCCGGAGAGCAGGCAUACCUGCCCCUGUAGUGUAUUUUGUGGACUACGCCUCCCACUGCAUUUUCUUGGAGGAAAUCGUGGGUUCCUUGACUGUGCGUGACCACAUUGCAUCCGCUCAGCAGUCAGGCUCCUGUAAAAAGGCAGGGCUCGAGCGGUUGGCAGAGAGAAUGGGCCAGAUCCUUGCCAAAAUGCACGAUGAGGACGUCAUCCAUGGAGACUUGACCACCUCCAACAUGUUGCUGCAAUGUGGCGAGGAGAACGGGGAGCUCGACCUGGUCCUCAUCGACUUUGGCCUGAGUUACAUCUCUGCUCUGCCGGAAGAUAAGGGGGUGGACUUGUACGUGCUGGAGAAGGCCUUCCUCAGUACCCACCCCAACACAGAGGUGCUGUUCGAGAAGCUGCUGAAGAGCUACACGGCGUCAUCGAAGAAGUCGUCAGCAGUCAUUAAAAAGCUUGACGAGGUUCGAUUGAGAGGGAGGAAGAGGUCGAUGGUGGGAUGAUGCACGCUGUGUACAGAGACAAGCUUCUCAGGAAAUGUUGUCUCUAAAAUUAUGUUGUGAUUACAGAGCUGUUAUUGUGCAAAAAGACUGCCGUAUGUAAGCCUAUAAUGUUAUCAAAUAAAGAAAAUGUUUUGUAAUAUAA